UUUAAAUUUUUCAUUAAAUUUUUUUUUUAUCCAAGAACUAUUUUAUGAAUUUUUUAAGGUAUUUAUUUAAUUUUACAAAACUAAAAAUAUUUAUUUAACCUCAGUAAGUUUUUGAAACUAAAAUUUUUCUAAAAAUCGAAUUUACAAAAUGGCUACCUGAAUUCUUUUUUUUUCCAAAUUCCUAAACUAAUUUUAUCGAAUAAACAAAUAUAACAUUUUCAAGUACCUAUCUGUUUUCCGUCUCAGCCUUAAAUUUAAAGUCUACCUAUAUUAAUAAUUAUUAAAAGAUUUAUAAUUCCAAAACUUAUUAGUAUUGAUUUUUUCCCAACUUGCAUGUUAUCAUAUAAUGUAUAUUAUGGUUGUUAUUAUAAUAAUAAACGCCACUUGGUCCAUGACUAGAUAGAACAGACACGGGCCCUUUGAAUCGCGUUCAACAUUGAUUACGUCAUCCGUUUCUCCACCCCCGCGAUCCACCACAGCACCACACCGUCAGCUAACAACACUAUAUACAACCGCUUGUCUCGUAUGGUCGUAUCUCACGUAUCUGUGAUAAUAAAAUUAUAGUAGUAGUUCCCUUUCCCUCAUAGAAAAGUAUACUGUUCCCCUGGUAUUCUCAAAAUAUUUUCGUCCUAGCGACGGCGACGCGCGCGUUUUAUUUUGUUAAAAAUAUUUUUGAAAUGUCUUACAAUAUUCGUUGUCUCGCCCGUUUCGUGAUCGCCGUGACGCCGUUUUAGUAGUGUUUUAUUAAUAAUUUUUUAACUGUGUUUAAAUCGUGGUAAGUCCACAACGAAAUGGGCGAUUUCGUGUGUACACAAUAUCAUAAUAUAGUUUGUAAUAAUAGAAAUAAUAAUAAUGGACAACUAUAACAUGUAUUGUUUUUUUUUUUUAAACCAAAUUUUUAUCGAAAAAUAUUUGUUCAAUAAAAUUAUUAGUCACUGCUCCCGAAACCGUGAUCAAAAUGGUUAGCCAUGUGUUCAAAGUUCAACGCGUUUAGUGUUCAUUUUAAAGAACUAUAUACCUAUGUAUUUACAAUAAAGUACUAUCUAUAUUAUAACGCUUUAUUUUGGUUUAAAAUGCAUCAGUUUGUGAGUGCAUUACGGCCGCCAUCCAGCAAUAAUCUUAUGGGAUUGUGUUUGGAAAUCAGACAGUUUUGCGUACCGUGGUUGUCAUCUAAUAUUGUACUUGUUGUAUUACUUGUUUUUCUAUUAAAUAAUAUUUAAUCGAGUCUGUAAAAUAUGGAUAUCAAAAAGGUAUAAAAUUGCAGUAUAUUUUCUGUAGUAAACCUACAGAUAGCAUACAUUUAAUUCUCACUGUAUGACAUUAUUGAAACUAAUAUCUAGCUAAAUUGGUUUUUUUUUUGUUAAUUUAAUUUGUCAAAUAUUUAAACUAGAUAAUAUCUAUAUUAAUAAUCUAAAUAUACAUAAUAUAAACAUAUUAUUUUUACUAAAUUAUACAUGUAGGUACUUACUUAAUCCUUAAAAUUGUCAUUCAAAUUUUAUUUUUAUUUUCUAUCAAUUUUGUGUAGGUACCUACUUGAAUCUAAUUUCCUGUUCUAAAGUAUAAAUGUAGGUGUAAUUUAGUUAUAUGCAAUUCAUAUUUAUUAAUUUAUAUGCAUAUGUUACUAUAAUUAAUUAGUUUUUUUCCUUGAAUUAUAUUGAACCAUAAAUUAUUGUUUCAUAAACAUACCACCUAAAACUGUUUUAUUUUAUUCAGAGAAAUGAGUUUCAAUUGUAUUAAUUUAAUUUAAUUGAUUGUUACUUUGUAGUUUGAUCAAUGGAUGAAGACUCGAUUAGUGUACACGGUUCUACUGCUGAUUCCAUCGAAGAAUUUGAUGAACUGCAAGUACUUGAUGAAAUCACAGAAGAAACUGACAAUGUUAUUCAAGAUGAUCAAUUGGAUGAAGAGUUUGAUACGAGAAGUGAAGCUAGUUCGAGUUCCAUAGAUGCAAAGUCUGUAAGAACUAAAGUGAAAACUGAAAGAUACAUAACAAUUGAUAAAAAUUUGACAACAACUAAAAAAAGACCAUCUGCAGAAUAUUUAUCACAGCUAAAAUUUUUGUUCAAAGAGGCUCGUUUUUUUAUCAUAAAAAGUAACAAUUACGAAAAUAUUGAGUUGGCUAAAGUUAAAAAAUGUUGGUCAACAAGACCAUGGAAUGAAACAAAGUUAAAUCAAGCUUUCAGGACGUGUAAAAAUGUAAUUUUAAUAUUUUCAGUCAAAGAAAGUGGUAAAUUUGCAGGUAAAUAAUAAUAUUUUAAUAAUCAUUUAUUAUUUGUUCAUCAAAUCUUUUAUUCUGAUACUUCAGGGUUUGCUAGAAUUUCUGAAGCUGCUAGAUAUGAUUUGUCUCCUGUUGGUUGGGUUCUACUUGGAAGUCGUAACUUGUCAGGAGUAUUUAAAGUUGAUUGGAUUUCUACAAAAGAGUUGGAAUUCAGUGAGACCUCACAUUUACACAAUGCAUAUAAUGAAGGAAAAAUUGUAAAAAUCGCUCGUGAUGGUCAAGAAGUUGAUCCAAAAACUGGGAGUCAAUUGUGCUCUAUGUUUCUAGAAGACAAUUUAAUUGAUUUUCAAUAUAUUUUAAAAAAAUCUAAAAACCAUCAGCCAUCUAUUAGUACAGCUGAAUUACGUCAACGACGUCGGGUGCUUGGUUUACCAGAUGAAGGAUCAACAAAUAAAGAAUAUUUACAUACUUCUCGUCUUGGAAUAUUACAUAAACAAUCGAGGAUGUUUUCGCAUCCAUAUUCACCACAUCCUCAUCCGUAUAUUCAUCCUCCUUUGUAUUCACAAACAUUACCAUACCAAUAUAAUUUAAGUGGAUCUCCAAUAGUACAACGCUAUUAUGAAGAAAUACCAUUGCCACCAUUUCGACUUCCAGUACAUAUAUCAGAAACAUAUGCAAGGCCAUUAGAAAACUAUUACAAAAGGGACAGACUUAUAAACAUCAGGGAGCAUCAUUUAAGUCAGAGACGUGACAAAGAGUACUAUACUCAAAGACAUCGUUUUCAUUAAAAAUAUUUAAAAAAAUCCUCCUUAGAUUAUUAAUAAUAAAAUAUUAUUAAUAUUACUAGUCUUAAAAAUAGUUUGUUUAAUUUUGUUAUUUUCACAAACUAAAUAUUUAUUUAUAUUAUACUUUAUGUUUAUAUAAUUGGAAAUUUUACCACUACCCCACUUAUAGUAAUAAAUAUUAUUAUUGUUGUAAAUCGACUGAUUCUGUCUUAUAUACAUAUAAUAAUUCAAUUGAGACUUACUUUUUCUUUGAGCAAUUUGUUGUUUUAUAAUAUUUUGAUUUAAUAAUUUUGUAUUUGUGAUUUGUAAUACAUGAUUUAAUUUGUUCCAAUCUUUACUGAGGCAAUAUCAAUAUAAAUAAUAUUAAUAAUUUAAAACUUAAUAUUAUAGAUUUUUACUUGAUGUGAUUUUAUAUAACUAUUUAAUACUGUAAAGUAUACUUUUAUCUUUUACUCAAAUGUUUGAUUAUUUUUCCUUUGUUAAAAUACCAGUUUAGGUUUAAUAUCAAAUUAAAAAGCAACAAAUUAUAUCCUAUCUUUAAAAUAAUCAUUUUGUAUUUGUGUAUAUAUUGUAUUAGUUUCAAAUAUAAUAUGUAAGUUGUGAAGAUAUGAAAAAUAUUAAACAUUUAUAUUAUUAACCAGUUUAUUUAGAAGGGGCAUUUAUUGUUUAAUAUUACAACUAAAAAUUAUAUGUAAAUAAUUGUCAUUUAUAGUAUUUGCUAUAAGAGUUGAAAUGGUAUAAUUUAUUUUUAAGUAUUAGCUGGGUUUACAUGAAUUAAUAAAACUGAUUAUGUCAACUGAUAUUUACAUAGUUCAGCAAAAAUAA